CAGAUAAGCGUAUCUACAGCCUUCCCAUGGUCUAGCCGGUGUACAAUGACUCUAGCGAGCAGAGAAUUAGUUUCUUUCAAAUUCUCGUUGAAGACGCAUCUCAGUCCGCCUAGCUGCGCUAGAAUCUAAUUUAGUCAUAUCGAAUCCAAUCAAAUCUAAAAUGGGGAAGCCAAUUUUGUACGGUAUGGAGAUCAGCACGGUGGUACGAAGUGUCCUUAUGGUGGCUAAGGCUAUAGAUCUCGAUAUUGAGUACCGAGAAAUUGAUCUUUUCGCCGGGGAUCACUUGAAGGAAGAGUACUUGAAAAUGAACCCACAGCACACCAUUCCUACAUUGGAUGACAAUGGGGAAUACCUUUGGGAAAGCCACGCGAUUGCUCCGUAUCUCGUCGAAAAAUACGCAAAGGACGAUAGCCUUUUCCCCAAGAAUGAUAUCCGCAAACGUGCAAGAAUCAAUCAGCGUUUGCAUUUCGAUAAUGGUGUCUUGUACGGGCUUUGUAUCCGCGGUAUUGUGAUGCCAGUUUAUACGCAAAACAAAUCAACUAUUUCGCCGGAAACUAUCGAUGAUGUUAAUAAAGCGUACGUGCAUAUGGAGAAGUUUUUGGAGAAGGAUCUGUACUUGGUUGGUGACUCUCUGACGAUUGCAGAUCUAGCCUGUGGUGCCAGUAUCUCUGCUUUGUUCGAGUUUGUCCCGGCUGAUCCAGCUAAAUAUCCGAAACUACUUGCGUGGUUCGAGCGAAUUAAGGCUCUGCCGUACUACAAGGAAGCAAAUGAAAAGGGCAAUAUUGCGUACAUCAAAAUGGUUCGAGAUCUGAUGGCGAAAGGAAAGCAAUAAGACCAUGAAAUCCUUUCUACAUAAUUAUGCAAGGAUACAUCGUUUCAGCAUUGAAUAUUUACUAAUCAGAUAAAGGGUGUAAAAUAAGGAUCAGUUUUAGUGGUUGAUUAAAGUAGAUAACAGUUGCGAGUAUUCAAGCAUAUUUAAGGUAGUUGAAACUAUAAUAUGACUAACAAAAACUAUUAGCAGUAUUCGCAGGAUUAACUGAAUAAAGGAAUAAACUGGAAGCUAACCAAAAAAUUAUCUGACAUAAGAGGAGUAAAAAUUCUGUACACAUCCAUUAAAUACGUUUUUUAUA